GACGGAGAGGGAGACGGAGAGGGAGAGGGAGGAAGACGGUUCGUCGGAGUCACCCGCGUCUGUGGAACCUGUAACCUUAUCGCCAGGAUGUCGGUCCGUCCCCAAGAUGCUGUGAAGGAACUGGAGAGAGCACUGUCUAACAACGCCUUGCAAGGUGUAGAAGAACUGAGGCAGUACUAUGCUUUAAGAAAAGCUGAUCAUCGGCGUAUUGUUGCAAACGUGCUAAGUGCUAAGAAUCGCCCCCUUGAGACAUUUCGAUUGUCAACAAGACCCUCCCCAGCUGAGCUUAGAGAGCUGUUUGACUGGAUAAGAAAUCUGUAUUUGGACAUUGGUGUGCUGUCUGUACCUGGGAAAGACCGCAAUGGCAACCCGGUGCAAGUUCCUAUAACUCUAGACUACUCAUCUAAGUCCGAGGACCACAGCUACCAUUGCGUGGAAUUCGCCCGAUCAGGGGAUGGUGCUAUUUUUGAGCUCCUUGUUAGACAAGCAGACAAUUAUGUCGUGGCCACCCGCAUGUACUUAAAAAAGUGUCAAAGAGACACGACCCCGCGGUGUGUAUGUGGUGAUUGCAAAAUCCCUGCUUCCUUCGGAACACAACGCCCGAUGAAGUAUACCUCCACACAUGACAGGCUUGACAAUAUCAAAAUAUCACCCUCGCUCAAAUAUUUGAUCUACUGGAAAGUCUACAGAAUGAUCCCGAGCAAGAUGAAACAGAUGAAGGCAAGAGACUGCUUGUCACCCUUUUUCUGUUGCUAGGUGAGGCUCCAAGAUUUGCCCAACUACAACAGUUCUUUAUCACUUACAGUGGAAGUGAGAUAGUGAGGGAACUGGAUCCUGACAUUAUUGAUCUGUUCCGGAGGUGGACCAAAUUAUGUCGCAUGUGCUUCAAAUACCAUCUUGCUGAGCUUGAGAAGCCAUUAUAUGAUGCUUUUGCUGCUGCCAACAAUCUAAGUGAUGAUGAGGGAGCUGAAGAUGAUACCAACCCUUACAGAAGUAUUGAUGGAAUGAUAACUGAGAUGGCAGUGAAAACAGCCGAAGUUGAGGGCAAGCUCAAUUAUACCAAUCUCUGUGGUGGUGAAAUUCUGUUGCUUAAUUCUGACAUCUCAUUGUGUCUUGACAUCCUAAUGAGAUUGAUGGUUACACAGGGAAACUACACAAUAAAAAACAAUCAGAUGAAAGUUAUCUUUGGCUUGAGGAAAGUGAAGAAAGCCAAUGUGAAGUGGCUGUACUGCCUCCUCCUCCUCCUCAAGAUGGAGAAAUGACCGAGAGUGUACUGCCUCCUCCUCCUCCUCAAGAUGGAGAAAUGGAUGAGAGUGAAGCAAAUGGUACUGACAAGCCUGAGACAAAUAAGAAGAAGGCAGCAAAGGCUAAGGCUGAAGAUCAGGCCCGGGCUGCUGCCAGGGCUGCAGCGAAGCGGAUGCCUCAAGUUCAGAGAUCUGAAGAAUACAGAAUGCUAAAGAAGAAAGAGAAAAAGAAGAAGAAGGAGAGAAAGCGGCUCGGACUAUGUGAUGCAGCGGAGUACGAUGCCGAUGAAGUUGGUUCAUCUGCUGACUCUCAGGAAGAAGAUGCUGAUAUUUGCCCAUAUGCUGGAGCUGAGGGGCCUUCUGGAGAAGGGAAGGAGGAGAAGACAGGAGAUGCUGCUGAUGAACGACUGUGGGAUCACAGUAAGAACAGGGGGGAAGAAGGUGCUUCUGGGAGUCCAUCUGUUUGUACCAAGGUAGAGGAUGUUGGAGCUGUGGUGUCUUAUGGAGAAGGGAAGCAGGAGAAGAGUGGAGGUUCUUCUGGCAAAAGAAAUGGGUGUCAAGGGAAGAUCGAGGGUAAGGAUGAUGAUGCUGAUAGUCCAUAUGUUGAAGCCCUGCUGACACAGCAGCCUAAGAAUGUUGGAAGUGCAUCGUUCUGUGAUGAUUCUGCCAACAAACAAAGGAAGAACAAGGAAGAAGAGAAUUCUUGUCCUGUUGCAGUGCAGUUGCCAUCUGAAGAAGGCGAUCAAGAGCUGAAGCAACAUGGAGCAUCCCGGCCAUCCUUGAAUUCUCCUGGCAACAGGAGGCACAGGCGCAGAGGUAACAGAAAGAAGGGGGAAGAUGGUUCUGCUUCGAGUCCUAUUGAAGCUCAUGUGCCAUCUGAAAAAACGAAGCAAAACAAGUCAAAUUCUCCUGGCAAUAGAAGGCACAGGCGUCGUGGUAACAGCAAGGAGUUGCAUGAUUCUGCUCUGAGUCCUGAUGAAGCUCAUGUGCCAUCUGAAAAAGGGAAGCAAAAGAAGAAGUGGAAUUCUCCUGGCAACAGAAGGACCAAAAGUCCUGGUAACAGGAAGAAGUCAAAUUCUCCUGGCAACAGAAGGACCAACAGUCCUGGUAACAGGAAGAAGGCAGAAUAUGAUUCUGACGCGAGUACUGUUGAACCUCAGGUGGCAUCUCAAAAAGGGAAGUGCAAGAAGAAGCCGAAGCAGAAGCCAAAAAGGUAGCAAGAACCUUGCAAUGAUCAUUGCAAUAGCAUGGACGAGACUAAUGGUGUCUUGAUAACCCAAAGAAUGAGGGAAAUCCCGAGUGUUAUGUUACAACAUUUCUGCAAAGGUUCAUCGAACCUAAUUUUGUUACAGUUCUAACCCACCCACAAUGCAUUUUGCACUACCUGAAUGUUAACUGAUAUCAACGUCUUGUGGUUUCGGUGGUGAAUGUUACAACAUUUC